UUCCCCGAGUCAUAACCGAGAGGAAAACAAACCACAGCGGAAAAAAACAUUGACACUUAGUUUUGUGUUGAUUUAUAUAUUGUUUGUUUUCAGGUGUUCUUGAUGCCAAAUAUGCAUAUUGCGCUACACAGACCGUUUCCAAAAAUAUCCAUUAAGGUGAAACCCAAGGAAUGCAAUGCCACCAAGCUUAAAACCUUCCCCUGGAGCAAGCUGGAUGCGAAGUUGCAGGAAGACGGAAGUUUGAAUGCCUCGGCUGCUACCAUAGGAUACCCGUGCAAUGUUGAGAGGUUCUGGAAAUACAGGGAUACGUGGAAGAAGGAAUUCGCCUUCUCUGAUACCAUCCGUCAGAAGAACCGCCAGAGAAUGAAGAAGGUACUCGAGCAGUGGCGCAGCAGGCAGGGCAACGUGACGAGAGAAGGAGGGAAAGAAGCCAAUCCCGUGGUGGUCGGAGUCCAUGUUCGAAGGGACGGAUUACAUCAAGUAUCUCGCGAUGAAGACCGGUGGCGGAGCUCCUCCGGGCCUCAAGUACUACAGAAACGCUUUCGAAUACUACAGGAAGAAGUAGGUUUGCCUCGUGUUCUGUGAUGCAGCUAUAGGCAAUGUG